AUGAAAAGCAGUUCCCCACCAAUUGCCCCACUGCGGGAUACAGAAUCAAGCGUCUUGCAAGUGGAAACUGAAGCUGAAGUUUCUCCUUAUUUUGUUGAUUUGGAGAAAUUGAGGAAAGCUGACCUGGACAACUUGAGGCAAACUGGGUUGCUCGGAUCGGAUGGCACAGGCGUGCAGCUGCUACGGGAUAAGCACAUAGAGUACCUUUCUCAAGUUUGGCAACAACCUCUGAAGCCUGGAUUUGUUACCCUUGAUUCUUCGCGACCUUGGAUACUCUAUUGGUGCUUGCACGGAUGUGACUUGUUGGAUGGCUUGUCAACGAUCGACGAUGAGACACGAUGUCGAAUGGUUUCAACUCUUGAGCAGUGUUGGACUCCAAUGUCAAUUCAAGAUCCACCUGUGACCAAAGAGGAAGACCCACAAUAUUAUGUUGGCAUCGAUAACUCUACGGAUUUUGUCCUGGGAGGCUUUGGUGGAGGGCCAAUGCAAAUGGCUCACGCAGCCACGACCUAUGCUUCAAUUCUGUCACUAUGUAUAUUGGCAACGGAUUCAACGGGAGCAGAGGAGUCAUCAUCAAGAGCGAAACAGCUUUUGGCGAAUAUUCGAAUCCCGCUAUAUCGAUGGAUGCUAAGCUUGCAAACAAACGAAGGUGGAUAUCGCAUGCAUCAUGAUGGAGAAGUUGAUGUUCGUGCUUCGUACACAGUUUUGUGUUGCGCCGAUCUCUGUCAAUUGAAUACAGAGCAUUUACGACACGAAAAAGUAGCCCAGUAUAUCCAGAACUGUCAAUCAUUUGAAGGUGGCGUUUCGGCCGAAGCCAACUGUGAGGCCCAUGGUGGAUAUGUUUUCUGCGGGGUAGCGGCAUUGUUUCUACUGCGGAGACUGGACCUGUUGGACAUUCCUGCUCUCACCAGCUGGCUCGCACGUAGACAAAUGUCCUACGAAGGUGGCUUCUCGGGACGUGCCAACAAGCUAGUAGACGGCUGCUACUCUUUUUGGCAAGGUGGAGCCAAUGCUAUCGCUAGUUCAUUCUACGCUCCUGGUGAUCAGAUCAAUGACCCCUGGCUGGAGCGACAAGGUGACGAAGCGCUUGGGUUUUCCCUCUUGUUUGACGCGCCCAUGUUGGAAAGGUAUAUUCUGCUAUGUGCGCAAGAUAUUCGUGGUGGCUUGCGAGACAAACCGAGCAAGCCAAGAGAUUUUUAUCAUUCCUGCUACAAUCUAAGUGGGUUGUCAGUUGCCCAGCAUUGCGAUUUCGCAGAAGAAGCAUACGGUGAUCUGGAACAAACGCGGGUCGCCAGAACACAUCCCUGCUACAAUAUUAGAAUUGACAGAGUCCGGGACAUGCUACAGCUUACCUGGUAA